AUGUCAGACAGAUAUAGACCACCACCAAAAGGACCCCGUUCUACUCGUGAUUUUCAUAGACCUGGAGCACCAGGAGCACCACCAUCAGGUCCAAGUUCUCAAGGAGGUGGAAAUACUGGAGGAGGAGGAUAUAGAACAACAACAUCUUCUUCCUCAUCAUAUAAAGACCGUGAUUAUUAUGUCCCACCAGCCCCUAGAAGAUAUGGAGAACGGGAUAAUUAUCGUCCAGAUACCUAUAAACCACCACCUAGGGGUCCAAAAGCGCCAGCACCAACAGGAACAACGACAACUACAACUACAUCAUCGUCAGACUCAUCUUCAUCAGUGCCUUCAAUUGGUGCCAAGGCUCCUAGCACAGAUAGAAAUGAAAACCGUAAUGAAAGGAAUGAUGAAAGAGGAACAUCAAGAUCAGGACUGGGAUUGACAUCGGGGAUAAAGAGAAGUUUACCCUCCGGACCAUCAAGUUAUAGAAAAAGACGAGAAGUGGAUGAAUAUUCCCAAUAUCGUGGUGGGUCGGGAUAUUCAAAUGGACCAGGACCAUCCACAAUCAGACUCCCCCCAAAAGGCCCCAGACGAAUUGGAAAUAGUACUACUGGUGGUGGGUAUUAUGAUGAACGAUCUUCAUUCAUACCUGAAAAAUCUAAAUUGUUAAAACAAUCUCAAAUUUAUUCAAUUCGGAUAAAUAAAGCCCCAUCAAUAUAUCAAAGGAUUCAACAAGUUGGAGAAGGGACCUAUGGGAAAGUAUACAAGGCAAAACAUACCCAAACUAACGAAUAUGUGGCUAUGAAACGAUUACGAUUAGAAACUGAACGUGAAGGGUUCCCCAUAACCGCAAUUCGGGAGAUUAAAUUAUUAUCAUCAUUUGAUCAUGAGAAUGUGGUUGGAUUAUUGGAGAUGAUGGUUGAACAUAAUCAAAUCUAUAUGAUUUUUGAUUAUUUAGAUCAUGAUUUAACUGGGUUAUUAUCCCAUCCUGAUUUGAAAUUGAGUGAAUGUCAUCGGAAAUUUAUAUUUAAACAAUUGAUACAGGGUUUGAAUUAUUUACAUAAAAAAAGAGUCAUACAUCGUGAUAUUAAGGGGUCUAAUAUAUUGAUUGAUAAUAUUGGAAGAUUAAAAAUUGCUGAUUUUGGAUUAGCUAGAACGAUGAAGAUAUUGAAUACGGGAGAAUCACCUGAUUAUACAAAUAGAGUAAUUACAAUAUGGUAUAGACCACCUGAACUAUUAUUGGGUGCAACCGAUUAUGGAAGAGAAGUUGAUAUUUGGGGAGUUGGAUGUCUUUUAAUUGAAUUAUAUUGUAAGAAUGCAAUAUUUCAAGGAUAUGAUGAAGUAAAUCAAUUAUUUAAAAUUUUUAGUAUAAUGGGUACCCCCACACUCAAAUCAUGGCCAGAAAUUGAAAAAUUACCUUGGUUUGAAAUGUUAAAACCAAAAAUUAAUGUUGUUAAUAAAUUUAAAUCAAAAUAUGAAUCAUUGAUGACAAGAUCAAGUUUUGAUUUAGCGGAGAAAUUAUUGGAAUUAAAUCCGAAGAAUCGUCCAACUGCUGAAGAAGCAUUACAACAUGCUUAUUUUAAGGAGGAUCCUCAACCUGAACCAUUGAUGUUUUUGAAGGAAUUAAAAGGGGAAUGGCAUGAAUUUGAAACUAAAAAACAAAGAAGAAAGGAGAGAAAGAGAUUACAAGAAGAAGAAGCGAAGAUUAAUAAAUUGAAUAAAUCAUUAAAAGAUGAUAUUGAUAGUGAUGCGAAGAGUGAAAAGAUCUUACUUCUGGUAAGUACUACUAAUAAUACAUAA